AUGGACGAAGAAGAAGACGACUUUUACGACCCCGUCGAUGCGGUGCCAGUCACACAAUCGCAAAACCACACACAAAAUGGAGCUCCAGGCCAACCGCAGGAGAGCAAUGAUAUGGAAGACGACGAGGAGGUAGAGGUCGAAGAGGACGACGACGAUGACUUCAACAUCAUCACAGAGGCACCUGCAGACGCACCAGCGCCAGAAGCCUCCCACCCACGCCAUGUAAGCUUACGACAAGAAUCACAAAGGCCCGGGUCCGCCGACUCGUCGAUGGUACCGAAGUCAGGGACGCCGUCCGCAACACCCCGAUACGAGAGCUCAACCCCAGUCCCCGGCCAACCAGCCGCAGCAAGACCUCCCUCCGAUCAAAAGCCAGGUUCUGCCUACCCAGCAAUUCAUAGCUCGACCAUCGACGUCAAUGCAAACCCCAUCCACCCGACAACGGGCAAGCCCAUCAUGUCCACGGACAUGGAUGCCGAUUUCCCGUCCGACGACAAGCCCUGGCGCCGGCCUGGGUCAGAUUUGUCAGAUUACUUUAACUAUGGUUUCGACGAGUUCACAUGGUCAGGGUACUGUCUCAAGCAGCAAGGUGUUCGACAGGAGGUUGGCAGCCAGAAGCGACAGAUGGACGAUAUGCAGGCUUUCAUGACUAUGGGUAUGCCCCCAAUGCCUGGCGCACCUGCAGGACCUGCUGCCGCUCCAACUGCUGCUCCGCCUAUGGCUGGUAUGCCCGGCGGUAUGCCAGAUAUGAACCCCGAUAUGAUGCAGGGUAUGCUAGCCAGCAUGAUGUCCCAGGGCUUGGACCCAUCUUCCAUGGACCCGAUGGCUUUCAUGCAGCAUGCGCAGGCUAUGAUGCCCGGCGGUGGCCAGCCGAGCCAACCUGGCUUUGGUGGCCAACCCCAAGGACAGGGCUUUGGUCAAGGUGGCCAGGGUCAGAUGGGCUAUGGUGGAUAUGAUCAACGCGGUGGUUACGGGGGACGAGGACGAGGACGCAGAUGUCAGAUCUUCCUCUCCCCGGACCAGUUCCAUCCUCUUCCCUUCUCCAUCCCACGCCUCAACUCCGAUCUCUUCAGGAAUCCAAUCAUCCUUCACCAUGUCUGUCCUCCGCAACAUCAAGAGCCUCGCCCCCUCCUGGACCGCGUCCUGGUCCAGCGCAUCAAGCCCGAGGCCAAGACCGCCUCCGGCAUCUUCCUCCCCGAAGCCGCCGUCAAGGAGCAGAACGAGGCCCAGGUCCUCGCUGUUGGCCCCGGUCUCCUCGACAAGGAUGGCAAGCGUCUCCCCAUGGGUGUCGCUGCCGGUGACAAGGUCCUCAUUCCUCAGUUCGGUGGCAAUGCCAUCAAGGUUGGUGAGGAGGAGUACACUCUCUUCCGGGACCACGACAUCCUGGCCAAGAUCCGCGAGUAA